AUGAAGUUGCGCCUUGUCUUUUUUUUUUCUUUUUAAUAAAUAAAUUGCAAAUUCUGGUACCAACUACAAUCGUACAGCACAAUACUCAGGUUUGCAAUGCGGCGUUCAAAGGCUCCUUCAAUGCGCCUGGCGGCCAAGCGAAAAAUCGAAGAUCCGGAGCAACCUCCAGAGGAACUAGGAGCACCUUGCUCCUGGCCCAGUAAUACUCCACCCAUGGAAUGGGGCUCCUCCAGCGGCUCCGAAAACUUUGGACCCCGAGAACUGAAGGCUGGCGAGAAUCCCCUCCGGGAAAGCCGCAUCUUCCAUGUGCUCUGGCGCAAUCAGACCACCAAGAAGCACAAGACCUGGACUGGCAACGGCACCCUGGUGGUCACCGGGUCCAAAGUAGCCCUAAAGGAUGACACGGGCAAAGUUGUGGACAGCAUGACAUGCUUCAAGCAGCGGGACUUCAAGGAGAAUGAUCUGCUGGAAGUCGGUAGCAAGGAUGUGGAAGUGCAGGAGGAGAUCAAAACCUUGGAGGAAUGUGUAACCCAGCGAGGGCUGGAGAUUGCCAGCUGGUGCAAGAAACUAGAUGCCCUAAAUGGCUUGGAUUCGCCAGUUCAUGUGGCCAGUGCUCCCUACAGAUCUCAUGUACUUAAGAGAGCACACGAAGAAAUCUCAUUGAAAGUCCAGAACCCUGCGCCUUCGGGAUUCACCCAGAGCGGUAUAGAAUCUUCACAUUCCUUCCGCGAAGGAACUCCUUCGGGACCCACCCACGUGGAAUACCUAUGCCUGCUAGCUCCAGCAGAACUACAGGACAACAUUUUGCACUUUUUGGCUGAGUACAUCAAAAAUUCCAAAGUGGAACCCUCUAUCAUCAAGGAAAUGGUUGAAGUGGUCUGCGAUCAUCCUGUGCUACUUAAAACCCUCGUCAAGCAAAUUGACUUUAAGGACAUAAUGCAAUUGCUGGAGCCGAAAUUGCCGCCCUGGCUGGACAUGGGUAUCUACGACUCCGCCAAGUUCGAGUUUGUCCAUCGAAUGCUGGACCAUUUAGUGGUGGAGCAAGGCGAGAAAUGUUGUAUUUUGGCGAACAGACAGGAUUGCUUGAAACUGGCUAUGGGCUACUGCCAAAGCUAUGAUUUAGAUCAUGUGCAGCUGGAUAGUCCCCAAAAAGUAGCUAUGUUCAACUCUGAUGGGGAAGAUUCACCAAUGGUUGCCUUGGUCUUGACCAGUGACUUACCGGAGAUCAGCUCUGUUUGCUGCAAAAACCUCAUAAUUUAUAAUCAUAAUGCCAGAGAGGAAGCCAAUAAUCUGUUGUCCACUGCGGAAACCGACACCAAAAUAUACACAGCGAUCACAUCUGGAGGUUGUCCGGACGAGCGGCAGUUCUAUCGAAGACUUGGUCUGAGCAAAGACGUUGAUUCUCUAGUGGACAUUCAAAAUUACAGCAGAGAUCAUAUACCACGCACUAGAUAUGAGCUGGCAACCUGGACCAAGAUUGAGCCACCUUACAGCACUGAUUUCCUAAAAAAAGCCAAUAUCGCUGAUAGUCUGGAAAACGUUCAACUUGUUUAUUCAAAGAAUAGUUUAAAACCUUAAAAACAGAUCAGGAAGAGAUCUUGAACUUCAGGAUUAAAUAUAUAAGGGUGAUAUAUAAAUUCAUGGAUUGAUGUCCUGUUUGGUUUCACAAA